AUGGGAGGAGAAAGAAAAGGUGGCAAGGGGAAGAGAAAGAAGAGGUUUGUACUGUCCAUUUUCAUGCAAGCAAACGGUGUGGAUAUGUUGUUGAUGGCUCUGAGGUUCAUCGGAGCCGUUUGUGACGGCUUCACUGCUCCUAUAGUGGUGCUUGUGAUGGAAUUCAGUGAUAAUGUUUUACAUAUCUGGUGCCAGCGAAUAUUGUACAAGAAGGCUGGAACAACUACGGAACAUGCAAUCUCUUUUAUAAGAACUGUUUAUUCAUUUGUUGGUGAAACUAAAACCAUCAACGAGUUCUCGUCGGCCCUAGAAGGCUUAGUCAGUUGGGGCCUAGGGGUAAAGCAAGGCUUGGCUAAAGGAUGGGCCAUUGGAAGCAGCAACAUUACUUAUGCUAUUUGGUCUUUCAUUGCUUAUUAUGAUACUAGAUUAGUCAUGUACCAUGGUGCUCAAGGAGGAACCGUGUAUGCAGUCGGUGCCUCUAUUGCCAUUGGAUUGUUCUUGAUCAGGGCAUUAAGAACUGGUUUAUCUAACCUCAACUCCAUAUCUGAAGCAAAGUCAACAGGAAAGCGUAUAAUGGAGGUAAUAAAAAGAAUUCCCAAGAUUGAUUAAGAAAACUUGGAAGGCCAAAUCCUGGAGAAUGCUUCAGGUGAAGUUGAGUUUAGGCACGGAGAAUUUGCAUACCCAUCAAGGCCUGAAACCAUAAUCUUCAAAGGCUUGUGCCUAAAGAUUCCAGCAGGAAAGACAAUGAACGUAGUGGGUGGUAAUGGCUCAGGGAAAUCCACAGUAAUUUCACUUUUACAAAGGUUUUAUGACCCACUUGGAGGUGAAAUUCUUCUUGAUGGAGUUGCCAUUGAUAAAUUAAAAGUCAAGAGGUUUGGGGGCAGUUUAUUAGAAGGCCAUCUCAAGUUUAAAGGGUGUGCAAGAAUAAAGAAGGGCAGCAGGGCAUCAAUCCCAGGUAGUGGAGAAUCAAUAGAGACUCAAGAAGCUGAGCAGCUGUUUAUGGCUUCAGGAUGUGUAGCUAAUUGUGAUCAAGAGGUGUGGUUAAUUGACAGUGGUUGCACCAACCAUAUGACUCCCAACCUUGGUCAUUAUGUGAACUUGGAUCAGAGUUAUCGAUCCAAAGUGAAGAUAGGAAAUGGAGAGCUGCUGGAGGUCAGAGGCAAGGGAAAUGUUUCUGUCCAAACCAAGUCAGAAUGUGAUGUGAAUGAGUUAAAAGAGUUAGAAUGCAAGGAAAAAGCUUCCCGGUUGAGUGGGGAAAAACCAACAAGCUACAAUGAGGCAGUCAAAUCUGAUGCUUGGAGAAGCUGCAAUGGAGGAGGAGUUCUCUUUAAUAGUGAAGAACAAGUUACAGAUAUAAUGACCAAGAUCUCUUUUAUAAGAACUGUUUAUUCAUUUUCAACAGGAAAGCGUAUAAUGGAGAUGCUAGGAAAGGCCCAGGAAGGACCAAGAAUGGAGAGUGUCAAACAGUCACGGUAUUCUGGAAUAGGCCUUGCCUUCUCACAAAGCCUAACAUCUUGCACUUGGGCUUUGGAUUUUUGGUACGGUGGCAAACUCCUGAAAGAGGGCUACAUCACUUCCGAGGGCUUUUUGCAGACCUUCAUGAUCCUACUGAGCAGUGGCUAUCUCAUAGCUACUGCUGGAAGCAUCACCACAGAUCUUGCCAGAGGCUCAGAUGCUGUAAGGUUAGUCUUCGCUAUAUUGGAGCGGUAUACAAGAAUUCAGCCUGAUGAUUCUGAAGGCUACAAGGCUGAAAAAAUAACAGGUCAUAUAGAACUUCAAGAUGUACAUUUUGCAUAUCCUGCUAGACCUGAUGUGAUGAUUUUCAAAGGCUUUUCUAUCAACAUUGAAGCUGGAAAAUCAAUAGCAUUGGUAGGGCAAAGUGGGUCUGGGAAAUCAACGAUUAUUAGUUUAAUCGAACGUUUUUAUGAUCCUUCAAAGGGUAUAGUAAAAAUUGAUGGCCGGGAUAUUAGAUCAUACAAUCUUAAAUCAUUGAGAAGGCACAUUGCACUUGUUAGUCAAGAGCCUACAUUAUUUGCUGGUACAAUUAGGGAAAACAUUAUUUAUGGUGUAGAUGACAACAUAGAUGAGUUUGAGAUAAUUGAGGCAGCUAAGGCCGCCAAUGCUCAUGAUUUCAUAGCUGGAUUGAAUGACGGAUAUGACACACGGUGUGGGGAAAGAGGAGUACAAUUAUCAGGAGGUCAAAAGCAACGUAUUGCGCUAGCUCGAGCAAUACUGAAAAAAGCUACAGUAUUACUAUUAGAUGAAGCAACUAGUGCGCUCGAUAGUCAAUCGGAGAAAGUAGUGCAAGAUGCGCUUGAGCACAUGAUGAUUGGAAGAACCACUGUAGUGGUAGCACAUAGAUUAAGUACUAUACAAAAUUGUGAUCUCAUUGCUGUAUUAGACAAAGGGCAGGUCAUCGAGAAAGGGAACCAACAUUCUUUGUUGGCCAAAGGAUCCACAGGAGCUUACUACUCGUUAGUUAACCUCCAAAGGAGAACAGAUACUAAUACUCAUUCAACGAUAAAUCAAAUUUAAAUUUUUGUUUC